AAAGGCUUCAGCGAAAUAUUUUUAAGAUUUUUGCUGUUGUUUUACUCCUAUUGUUUCACUGAGUUUCACUCAGAUGUUUAAAGAUGAGUUUUGCUCAUCUUUAAACAUAUGUGAAAUAAAAUAAACACUGUGAAAAUGACUAAAGGAAAGAAAGUGGUUGUUAUGUUGGAGAAGACUAUAGAUAUAUAAAAUAAAAAGUCUAUAAACUGUAUUAUUUAUGUCGUUAACAACUUUCCCAGAUUAUCUGGAUUUUCGGACUCGGUCUCAUUUCAUCCAGAUAAAUGGGGUUCCACUGUUGCAGAUCAAAAAUAUUAUUAUGGCUCUUUCAUGGAGAUUGGUUAUCUCCUUUUUAUUUAUGGUGAUUUUUAUGCAGUCAAGAGGAGAAAUGUUUACUGCUGUUGUAGAAUUGGAAAGGUUGCUAUACACAGAAGGUGAAAUUGUUAAAACUCUAGAAAAAUAUUUGGAAACUGAAGAGAAUAGACUUCAAAAAGUUCGCAAUAUUAGAGAAGAAUAUGGAAAAUUAUAUAAUACAGCAAGUCAAAAUAUACAAACAUUUCUAGCAAAUCCUGUUAAUGCUUAUUUAUUAGUUAAAAGGCUUACUGCAGAUUGGAAAGCUACAGAAAAUCUUUUAUUGAGUAGUGAAGGUAGAGCAUUAAUUGAAAACAUUACUCGUUUUCGAGAAGAUUUAAAGUUUCCAGAUGAUGAAGAUCUCACUGGUGCAGCAGCAGCUCUUCUUAGAUUGCAAGAUACUUAUAAAUUAGAAACAUCUUCACUUGCAAAAGGACUUAUUAAAGGAGUUAAGCCUUCCCCUGAACUUACAGCUGGUGAUUGUUUUGAACUUGGUCGGCAAUCAUAUAAUAGUGGGGACCAUUAUCAUACAGUUCUCUGGAUGCAAGAAUCAUUGGAUCGAGUUGAUGAGGAAGUUAAUAAAACUGCAGACAAACCAGAAAUUUUAGAAUAUUUGGCAUUUUCUACUUAUAUGAGUCUGGAAAGUAAAAUACAUGUUUUGCCAUCUAUACAUGAUAAACAAUUAGAUGCAAGCCAAACUAUACACCUCCAUGAACAACACAUGGCACAAGUAUGGCACAAGAGACAGAACAAUGAUGAAGAAAAAAAUGCUUUUAAAAGUUUAGGAACGGGCAACAGAAUAGCAACUUGGCUUAAUUAUAUGAGUGAUGUUGAAGCUGGUGGCGGUACAGUAUUUCCACAAAUAGGAGUUGCAAUGUGGCCUAAAAAGGGUUCUGCUGCAUUUUGGUAUAAUUUGCAUAAGAAUGGAGAAGGCGAUAUGCUUACAAGGCAUGCCGCAUGUCCUGUAUUAGCUGGUUCUAAAUGGGUUUCGAAUAAAUGGAUGCACGAAAGAGGUCAAGAGUUUCGUCGACAGUGUGGACUUCGUUUCACCGAUUAAAUAUUAGUUCAUUUUUCAUAAUAUAUCCCGCUUAAAGAAUGUUAGUUUAUAUGGCUAAGCAAUAUUCGGAUUUAUCCAGAUAAGCGAUAAUUAAUUUUGUUGCUUUUUUGUUUUUUCGUAAACAAUACUUUGCGUUAUCAUCAAGAAAAUGUCAUUCCAGAUUAUUGCAUCGUGCGUUAAAAGCAUGUUUCCUCGUUUCCUUCUCAAUGCUAUUAAGAUGAUCUGAGUAUAUGGAGAACUUACACAAAUGCACAUUUUAUUUGAAUAUAUGAUCAAAAUAUUGUAUACAUGAUUAUGCAUAUCAAUUAUACCUAUUUUUUUUAUUUUGAAUUAAUAUUUUUUAUUCUAUUUGUUGGAAAACAAUAUUAAGUUUUAAAUAAGUCUGUUUAAAAUUAAGUAAAAUGACUAAACACUAUAAUAAAGCAAUAUCCAAUUCCAUGACAAGUGCCUUCCAAUACAGUCUGUAUAGAAAAAUGUUUUUUAUAGACUUUGCAUCUCGGUAGUAUCCAUGGAAAUUGGCAGCUAUCUCGAAUCCAAAGUAAAGAAAAAAAUGUCACCUCCGACUAAAAAUUCCAAAAACUAUGGUGAUAUAUUAAAAUUGUGGUUUAUAGUCAAUUAUAUCUGUAUUUUGACAAUAUGAGAAUUAUUCAUUUAAAUGUUUAUAAAAUUUAUACAUGCUGUUUUCCAUAUUACUUAAAUUUUGUUCCUAUGAAUUAAUUGUCAAAGUCAUAUCAUUAUUUUUACUUCUACCACAGAUUAUUCAAUUUUGAUAAUUUAAUUGUUAAUCUGGAAAUAUAUUUAUAAAAAAAAUAAUAGGAAAAAGAAGUUUAAGAAGAGUACAAGAUUCAAAUGGAUUGAAUUGUUUUGUUAAAAUAAUAUUAUUUAGCUGGAAAAAAAAGAUUUAAUAGCAAUCUAUUCCAAUCCGUUUUUUUUUAUACGCUUACAAAAAGAAGUAUUUCAUAUGUGUCUGACUGUUCCAUAAAUUAUUUUAAAGAAAAGAAUGUAAGAUAAAUUUCUCUACAUUAAUUAUGUGUACAUGUUGUUACGUUCUUUUUGUUAUCUGGCUUAUGUUGAAAUUUUUGUGCCAUUUAUGUAUGACUGUCUUUGAUGUGUUAUUCAACAAAUGCCAGUAUGUAUUUUAAAAUAUAAACGUCUACAUUUGUUUUCCAGGAGAUUUUUCAUAGAAAGAAAUAAAACAUUUUUUCCCUGAAUAAAA